AUGCUCAAACCUGUCCCCUGGGCUAUAUUACUGCGUUCUUCCAACAGCAGACUGGAACCAGACUACGACCACGACCACGUCAAGCUACCAGACCGCACUGGCACCCACGCCCAGUGGAACUACCGCAAAUUGCUACGAGGUAAGUGGUAUGUGGUACAAUCGGGCGACUAUUGCGCCAAGACCGAACCGGUGUAUGGGAUUACUAUGGCGCAGUUGCAGCAGUGGAAUCCAGAUCUCAAGGAUGACUGCUCGAACCUCCAGCUUGAACCUCUAGCUGAAUGA